AUGGAUUACCAAGACGGGAACGGGACGGGAUGCGGCUGCUCUCUCUGCGAAGUCUUCGCCAUCACCGUCGAUGACAUGUCCAAGUCCCCCAACCGCGUCAGGCUGAGAGCUGCAAAGGAGGAGCUACAUCGCGCAUAUACGGGCCAGAAUGUCAUCACCGACGAGCGGGAGAAUGGCCUGUUUGAGGCGCUGGUUGGCCUGGCCAAGGAAGACGGCCUGCAUGAUCUACGCAAGAUGUUGCAGCAUCUCUGGGAGAGUUGAGCAAUCAAUAAUCAAUUCAGAUCGAACUGCCAAAACCCACCGAAUCAAGGACCAAGUAACCGAGUUGUAUGAGAUUCAACGAAACAACGAAACGACUUUGUUGGCAACCACGUC